GUCCCGGAACUCAACGACCCCCCCCCCCCCACCCCCCAAGUGGACCGGAGGUGGACCGGGGGAGCUCGCGGACGUUGCGCACCCAAAGGGAGCGAGUGAUGGUGCGCACCUGCGGGAGGGUCACGGGCUUUGGGACAGGUACGAGACCUGUGGCGCGCGUGGAUGGAUGACGGUCCGGCAGCAGAUGUGUAGCGGAGCCCCACUCUGGAUGUAGCAGCUCGCCGCUCCACGUUCCGCCUCCACUCGGCCAGCGGCGGCAGCAGCAGCAGCAGGCCUGGCCCGGUUCGGCUCGGUUCGGAUCCCGCCGCAGGAGCUGCUGCACUUAUGGAAUAUGAAGCACAUGCUCACGAGCAUGCCUGCCCGUCCGCGCGCACCCCUCCCCGGGAGCUCCUCUCCAGCCCUGUCCGCUCGGACAUCCCCUGGUCGCUUCGAGCCCCCCGCGCCAUGAGGGCGACUGCUCGGUGAUUCGGUGCCCUCUGCACGCCUGAACGGACCGGACCGGACCGGACCGGAGCGGAGACACCCCCCCUCUUGAUUUUGGAUCGGGCUUCUGUUGGCUACCACUACACACACACCGGAUUUAUCUGCGGCCGUGGGCUUUUCUUUGUGCCAAAGGGGCUUAACGCAGUGCGCGCACACGGCACCGGAGCGGGGGGCUUCACUCGAACCCCCUCCGCUGCGCCCAGCUGCUCUCUGCUCUUUGUGGCCGGGCCGCGAUGGCAGGCGGCCGGUCGCAGGAGGCGCAGGACCACGCGCCCGAGAACGGCUUCACUCCGCUGGAGCAGCCGGUGCCGCGGCUGCUGCCGCGCAUCGACGGCUCGGUUCUGCCGUCUCUGGGCGGCUUCGGGAGGCACCAGCGGCAGAUCGUGGUGCUGACCUGGAUACCGGCAUUGUUCAUCGGCUUCAGCCAGUUUUCGGAUUACUUCCUGCUGGCGCAACCCAACGGCGCGUGUCUGCGGCCGCUGGCCAACGAGAGCGACUGGACCGCGGCGUCCGCGCCGCUCGCGGUGCCCGGAGGAGCCAACGGCACCGGCGGGGGGCUCGGGGAUAUGUGCGCCUGCAAGGAGUGGAGGCUGGAGCUGCAGACGGGACUCAGUCAGAACGUGGUUACCAAGUGGAACCUGGUGUGCGACUCGGCCUGGAAGGUGCACAUUGCCAAGUUCUCGUUGCUGGUGGGCUCCAUAUUUGGCUACCUGGUGAUGGGUGUCAUGGCUGACUGGUUUGGUCGACACCCGGUGUUGAUUCUCUCGGUGCUUUUCAUGCUGGUGUUUGGUCUGAGUGUUGCCUUCUCUGUAAACGUCACCAUGUUCAGCACCUUGCGCUUCUUUGAGGGUUUCUGCUUGGCGGGCCUCGCUCUCUCCCUCUACGUGCUCAGGAUCGAGCUCUGUUUGCCAGCCUGGCGGUUCUCCAUGACGAUGGUGGCCAGUUUCCUGAUGGUGGGCGGGCAGCUCCUGAUGCCGGGGGUGGCCGCGCUUUGCCGCAAUUGGCCACACCGCGACGACUGGCAGGUGCUGCAGAUCGUCAUCAUCAGCCCGUUCGUUCUGAUGCUGCCCUACGUCUGGAUUUUCCCCGAGUCGUUGCGCUGGUUGCUGGCCACCCAGCAGUACAGGCGAGCCAAACCCAUGAUGCUGAACAUCGCCAGGAAGAACCAGGUGGACACGACGACCGAGCCCAGCGGGGUUCUCGCAGAGCUGGAGCAGGAGCUGCACAAGAGACCCCAGAGGACCUGCAUCGUCAAGAUGAUGAGCACCAGGAACCUGUGGAAAAACAUCGUGGUGCUGUGUGUCAACUCCCUGACCGGUUACGGGAUCCACCACUGCUUCGCCCGCAGCAUGCUGGACCCGGAGGCGCAGCCCACCGCGCUGUGCCACGCGGACUACUACACCAUGGCCGGCAUCGCGGUGGCCACCUGCCUGGCCGUGUGCCCCGCCGUGGGGCUGAUGGGACGCCGCGGAGGGCUCCUCACCUUCAUGAUCAUCACGGCCCUGGCGUCACUGCUGCAGCUGGGUUUACUCAACCUAAUUGGGAAGUACAGCCUUCGCCACGACACAGUUCUGCGCGACAGCCUGAACAGGAAGUUCUCGGUGGCCUUCUCCAUCAUCGGGAUGUUCUCCUCGCACGCCGUCAGCACGCUCAGCAUUUUCUUUUGUGCCGAGAUCACUCCGACGGUCAUCAGGGGCGGAGGCCUGGGCCUGGUCCUGGCGAGCGCUGGCUUCGGCAUGCUCACCGCCCCAAUCAUGGAGCUGCACAACCAGAAGGGCUACUUCCUGCACCACGUGAUCUUCGCCUGCUGCACGCUGCUGUGCAUCAUCUGCCUGCUGCUGCUGCCAGAGCCUCGGGGCCAGCCCCUGCCCGAGAGCCUGGCCGACGGCGAGACCUUCACCCGUCAGACGCUGCUCCAUCCCGGGGAGCAGCACCUCCUGCUCGCCAAGAGCGACAGGGACUACUCCCGCGUCCACGACACGCCGCUGCACCUCUCGGCCGCCGGGAGCGCCACGGUGGCGGCGGCGACCGCUCUGGCAGCGGUGCCGGCCUCGUACGCGCUGGCGACCGGCGGGGAGGUGAUUGGAAAUCGUGCCAUAGCCAAUGGGGUGUGAGCGACACAGCAAUAGUCCCACUACUGUGCUAAUAACUGCUCGAGCAUUAAUAACUUGUAAAGAAAAAGAGGAAUAUGAACCAGAUGAACUCUCGGUGAAUGGUGCGGUUUGUGAGGCGGUGACGAUAGUGAUUUUGUGUAGUUUGUAGUGAUUAUGAUUCAUUCAGGAGUUGCCAAAAAUGUUUGUCCUGAACCACGUUUACCUGAAGUCAGUGUGUUAAACGAUAUGAAGGUCGCGAGCGGCGAUUCUUUUUCUUGCUCUUGCCGAGAACGAUGAACUGGAAAAAUCCGUCUCACCAGACUAUACAUUUUUAAAAAGGCAUUGAAUUUCUACUACUGAAAUUUUCAACAUUGAAAUUCUGUGAAUUUUUUGUCUCUGAAUUUAAACCGUUCACAUUUGAAGCACAACAUUUUUGGGCCGCAUUGAAAUUAUGUGUCUGAAUUUUUUUUGCCUCUGAAUUCAACGCUGGAAAAUUUCAAUAACUGAUUUUGACUUUUGUUUUUUCAAUUUUCACAAAUUCAUAUUCAAAAAGAAUCUAAUUAUAAAAUUCAAAUCAUGUGAAUUCGAGUUGCUCAUAUUUGAUAGGCAAAAUCGAAUGUAUAAGUCCACUUAAAAAACUUAAACUGUUUUUACUUAAAAAACAGUGAAAAUCAUUUUUUCAAAUUCAGAGGCAAAAAACAUAAUUUCUAUGCAAAAAAAUGUCAGCGCUUCAAUUGUGAUGGCUUAAAUUCAGAGACAAAAAAGAAUAAUUCACAUACAGAAUUUCAAUCCUGAAAAAUGUCAGCAGCAGAAAUUCAAUGCCUUUUUGAAAAUUCCAAAGUGCGGCUUCCGUAGAAGAGGCAAAGUAGAGCAGACAAGCUGUGAAUUUUUCUUGUUUUUCGUAGUUUUCGACUCGUUGAAAAAGAGGAUUUCACUACAUCUCGUAAUUCUUUAUAAGUUAUACUUUGCACUAAACGUUAGAGACACAAUCGAGUGUUUGUGAUUUUCCAGCCAACACAUUGGAGGAUCCAGGGAGCGGCGGUUAAAACCCCCACUUCCACUCUUCUUUGCAUGAAAGGGCACAAGUGUUUUAUUUUUUACAUGUUCUCUGUUCUUUAUUUGUGGUCCCUCUCCAGGAAGUCCAAUGUGGCACUUUAUCCUCGGACGUUGAGGUCAGUGUAGACGCUGAUUUUUUUUUUUUUUUACAAAUUUGAUUUAAACGAGCAUUACCGCUGCCGUCGUCGUGGGAGUAUGAUGGUUGUCUGACGCCACGAAAAACAGCCGGAGACCUCGGCACAGACGGAGACUGCGGUUUAAACGCUUAAAAAAAACAAAACCUGAGAGUUGAACAGACACAAAGUCGUCGAACUACACGUAUAAAUGUCUUAUGACGCAUCUCAGCAAUCAAAAUGGCUUUAUCGCGAUUGGCUCCGUUCUUUUCUAACGGAAAAAACAGAGUGAACGUAAUUUAUGAAAAAACUGUAUUUAUUUUUUUCUCAUGCUGCCAAGGGGCAAUUUUUGUUGCUUGAAAUGACUUUACCUUUAAUUUUAGCAAAUAUUUCCACUCCCCGUUCUCUGUGCUGUGGUAACGUCGUCAUCCUGCUCCUGGGAAUAUUUAACAUCUGGCCAGAAAGCACAAUAUUUUACAGUAAUUUUUCAAAAUAAACAUUUGUGAAGAUUAGAGUAGAGCAGCGUUAUAGACCCUGGUCCUAGUUGUGAUUACUGUACAUUUAUACACUUUUACUACGUAAGUGUCCCUUAGGACUGUGUGAGGUUAAUGCAUCAUCAUCAACCUUAUACUUUUAUAGGAUAUAAUAUGCACAUUGAAUAUUAGAUUAAACCAUUUUUUCGUCCAGAUCUACAGAAUUUUUAAAAAACAUUGAUCGUCCACCUUUUUGGGGUUUUUUUAAGUCACAUUUAGGACACGCUACGUUAAUUUUUUUAAACACAAUGUUACGGUUUGGUAGUUUGUAUGUUUUCCCACAGUCAAAAACACUCGGAGGAAAUAAUAAUAAUUGUAAAAAAAAAAAGAAAACACAACUGAACUCAACAACUAACGCUGUUUUUUCGAAGUGUUAUUUUUUUAAUACGAUGCAUUUGUACAAAAAAACGUAGGCCUACAUGUUUUGAUAAUGAACCACUUAAUUUAUUAUGUCAAUAAAAAGAACACUCGA